GCUGGUUGGAGAGAACGCCGCUAGCUGCUAUAGCGGAGGAUCCGGAAGGAAGGCUCUACGGUCUACCGUAGCUAAGCUACACCACGGAUCUACUCUUUUGCGCAAUACCGAACUGACAGAGAGAGAGCAUUACCAUACAUUUUUACCGGAUACAGUUUCUAUUCUGUUGUCGUUAAACCGAUUGGAAGACGUGUUGUCUGUGUGAUUCGCCAUGACGACUGAAUCAGGAGCAGACUCUGAGCCUAAGCAGCAGCAGGAGAAAGGAGGGAAGGAGAAAGGAGGGAAGGAGAAAGGAGGGAAGGAGAAAAAGGCGAAGGCAGCAGAACACUUCCCAGCCGCCGCUGGACACAGCACACCUGCCAAGAAUAACCAGUUUGAGGAGGACCUGUCGUCAACCAGGUCGUCAACCAGUCGCCUGUCAAUCAAGUCUCCACUGAGGGGAGUCAAGAAGCUGAAGAACAUGCAGUGUAAAAUCACCCUGCUAGAUGGCUCCGACUACACCAUGACGGUGGAUGUGAGUACAGGGGGAUGA